AUGGCAAAUACACUAUUGUAUUUCAUUUUUUUGACAGUAUUAAAUAUCUUCGUAUUAUCAAAUGGUGACUAUGUGAGAUCACCUGGAAAAGGUGUUCAAGUUAAAGCAGCUAUAAAACAUUCAUUAGACUUAAAAUGUGAAUAUCAUGGUGAUGAUCAUGAUGGAGAAUUUCUUGAAUGGUAUAGAGAUGAUGUAUCUGUAUAUAAAGAAAAACCGGGACAUUAUAUUAUUCAUAAUACUAAGAAAGAAUCAAGACUUACUAUAAAAAUUUUUGUUGAAGCAGAUGCUGACAUUAAAAAAUGGUCUGUUAAAACAAAGAAACCAGGUUUUGAAGAACCAAUAGAAUGUCAAUUUGGUCCAAUAAUAAUUCAUGCAGCACCACAAGGUAUUGAAUCAGAUCGACCUGAUGAAAAAAUAGAUUCUCCUCAUGGAUCUGUAAGACGUUCUCAAGGUGAUCGAAUUACUCUUAAAUGUAUUAUUGAAUCAACUCGAAAAGGAAAACAAGGUGUCAAUGAUAUAAAAUGGGAAUUCAGUAAAAAUGAUGAGACAUAUAGUAAAUUACCUGAUAGUGUUAUAACUUCAAGUAAAGAUAUAAUAAUAAUUGAUCGUAUUGAAAAACAUCAUCGAGGAUAUUAUCGAUGUUCAGUUAAUGAUGUUUCAUCUAUAGUUUUAUUACGUGUUAAAGAUCGAUUAGCAGCACUUUGGCCAUUUCUUGGUAUUGUUGGUAUUGUUCUUGUACUAGUUAUUAUUAUAUUAGUUUUUGAAAAACGUGAAAGAUCAGCAAGAAAACCAAUUACAACAGAUGAUGAAGAAAAUGAUCAUGCAAAUGAUCCUCUUGUACGAUCAUCAACUAAACCAUUAGAUGAUGAAAAUAAAAAACGUGUUGCAAAAGCUUAA